AGUCUAAGUGACCUAACUAAUUGUACUUCUUAGUGUAGUAAAGUUAAUAAAAGUGGGAAAGUUCGACCACUAGAUUUAAAUACAUUGUCGAAGUACCGUUUUAUUGCCAGAAACCAUAAAUAAAAUGGAUAAAGAAAAAAACACCAUCUUAGAGAUAGAUAAACAACAGAAUGAAAGUGUUAACACAGCAUUGAAAGGAACAUUGGCUGCUGUUUUCUAUGGCGUUUGCUCAGUAUCAUCAGCUCUGGUGACUAAACUUUUAAUGGACACCUUGAACUUUGACUUUCCUGUGUUCAUCAUGGUUAUCCAGAUGCUCUUUACAAUCACAACACUAGAGAUACUCUGCUUUUUCCACCUAAUAGAUCUGCCACCAUACACUAUUAAGAGAGGCAUCUCUUUUGCUGCACCAGCAUUUUUCUAUGGCACAAACUCAGUAUUGGCUUUAACAGCUUUAUCCAAUAUGAACAUUGCCAUGUAUGGAGUAUUGAAGCGUUGUGUGCCUCUUUCAACAAUGAUCCUUUCGCUUAUCAUCCUAAAGACAGGUUGUCCAAAGAGGUUCACCAUGUAUUCUGUUAUACUGUUAACUUUGGGAUGUAUCAUUGCAGGUUAUGGUGACCUGAGUUUUAAUUUGACAGCUUACAUCUGUGGUAUUGGUAGCAACUUCAGUCAGGCUCUUUAUCUGUUGCUAGUGCAGAAGCGUAUAGAGGAACAUUAUUCUGUGAUGGAAACUCUGCAGCUCAACUGCUUUAACACAUUGCCAUUACUCCUAGUUGCAGCUAUUGUAAAUGGGGAGAUAACAUCUGUAGCUCAGUACCCAAACCUUGCAGAUGCUUACUUCCUGUUUAUAUUUUUUAUGUGUGUUACUGUUGGCAUGCUGCUGAAUUAUUCACUUUUUCUUUGUACAAGUCUGACCAGUGCUCUAACUACAAGUGUAGUUGGAGGGUUGAAAGCCUUAGUCCAAACAUUAAUAGGAUUGUUUACAUUUGGCGGUGUAUCUUACAACCUGCCAACAUUUCUAGGAAUAUCAAUGAAUUUGGUAGGUGGGAUAGCUUACAUCUGGGCACGAUACUCUGAGAAUCGCUCCAAAAAGAAAAAUGCUAAAGAAGUUACACGGCUGCCUCAGUCAAAAAGUGACUUAAGCAAUGGUAAUGUUAGUUUAGAUUCCAGCUUACUGUCUAUUAAAUCUUGAUGGUGUUUUUAUUGUAGAUGAGCUUUUUACAACUUUGGUAGCAUGAGGUAAUUUCUGGCCGUUUUAUACUCCACAGGGAAAUCAAUUUAAUAAUUUCACAUUAACAUAAUUUGUUUUAUCACAUAUGUUACCAUUAAUCAUAAUGAAUGUUCGCUAUUUAUUUAGUAUUUGUACUGCUGUUUAAUCAAGUCUUUCUGGGGUUUUUAAAAUAACAUUUACAUAAAUGUGGUAAAUGUACAAAGCCCAACACAGCACGUAAGAGUUGAUGAAAAUUGUAUAAAAUAUGUUAGUGGUGUGUUUUUUUAAAUACUGGUGUGUCUUGAACACUAAUCUCCACAUUACCUUUUAUGUACUUUUAUCUGUUACUACAUUGUAAAUAAGAAAUCCAUAAUGAAAUGGUGCUAUACAAUAAAAUCCAUAGUGUAUGGGAUUUUAUAAGAGGGUCUGUGAUAUUUCAGCUUUGUGUGAGCAUAACCUGUUACAUAUUUUAAGCUAUAGCAUAAUCAUUAAGGAUUAUAUUGCCCCUAUGCAGUAGGUUUUUUAAAAUGUUGCGGUUUUUUGUGUGCGCAUAUGUUCAAUUGAGGUUCCUUUAACUGUUGUUAGCUGAUCUUAUGUAUAGUUAUUAUGUUGACUGAUAUUUUUAAAAAAAGAUUUAUGUUGUAUAGUAUAAUUUACAUUCCUUAAGAUCUCCUGAUCUUCUCUAUACAAUAUAUACAUUGUAAUUUUACUCCAUGUCUGAGGGUUUUGCACAGAAAUAAAGCUGAUGG